AUGGAUAAUCACUCCAGCGACGAGGACACGGAGGAUGACCUGGCCACCCAGCUCACCAUUCAGCAGAGUCUGCAGGAUGCUUACAGGCCAGGACCACAUCGUGCACCUGAGCAAGCCAGCUUGCAUUCCAUGCUGAGCACCGAGUGUCAGAAGAUAGUUGAGACUAUCGAGGCAGUAGGUGAGGAAGAGGCAUUGUCACAGCUGGCCCGGCACCCCUCUGCUUUCGAUGAAGCCGAUGGGAUGGGAUGGACCCCUCUGCACAAGGCAACGGUGCAACUAAAUAAGAACAUUCUGGAAAUAACCCUGAAGGCUUCAAAAGCCAGUGUGUGGGAGCAAACCACCCAGCUUGGGGAGACCCCGCUGUUCCUGGCCGUAAGCAGCUCCCUCAUAGAAAACGCCAGUUUCCUCCUCCUCAAUGGCUGUGAUCCCAACGCAAGGAACUUUGAAGGCAAUUCUCCACUUCUCACAGCUGUUCUGCGUGACUGCUAUGACAUGGCCUCCCUGCUGAUCAGCCACGGAGCCAACGUCAAUCUGCGCUGUGCCAAUGAGAGGACGGCUCUGCACGAAGCAGCCAAACUGGGCCGACAGGACAUGGUGAAGCUGCUGCUGGUUUCUGGGGCACACCCUGACCCUCAGAGCUCCUACGGGUUCACCCCUCUGGCUCUCGCUGCCCAAGGUGGCCACACUGCAGUCAUGGAGCUGCUACUACAGAAAGGAGCUAAUGCUCACGGUCAGGCCUCUGAUUCUUCUUCCAUCCUGCUGGAAGCUGCCAGAGGAGGAAAUCCAGACUCAGUGGCCCUCCUGCUUGAGUACGGAGCUGAUGCCAACAUCCCUAAGAACUCGGGCCACCUGCCCAUCCAUGUGGCUGCAGACAGAGGUCACUUACUAGCUCUAAAGAAGCUGAUUCCAGUUACAAAUCUUGUUGCCAUCAAGCGGAGCGGGAUCAGUCCAGUUCACUGCGCAGCAGCAGGGGCGCACUCUGAGUGCCUGGAACUUCUUAUCCAGGCUGGAUUUGAUGUGAAUUUCAUGUUAGAUCAGAAAAUUCGCAAACAUUAUGAUGAUCAAAGGAAAUCAGCUUUGUAUUUUGCGGUAUCAAACGGUGAUCUCUCUUCGGUAAAGCUGCUUCUGAGUGCAGGAGCUCUGCCUAAUCAAGACCCGGUUAACUGCCUCCAGAUAGCCCUUCGACUGGGCAACUACGAGCUGGUAAGUCUGCUGCUGAGGCAUGGGGCCAACGUGAAUUACUUUUGCAAAGUUAACCCUCUGCACUUCCCGUCGGCACUGCAAUACACACUGAAAGAUGAAGUCAUGCUCAGGAUGCUGCUCAAUUAUGGGUAUGAUACAGAGCUGUGCUUCGACUGUCCUCACGGUGACAAAGCGCAUCCUUUAUAUAGUUUUGAAGGCUGGACCUCUACAGUUAUCAAAGACACCAUGUUCUGUGAAGUAAUAACACUGUCGUGGCUGCAGCAUCUUUCUGGAAAGGUGGUUCGAGUGAUGCUUGAUUAUGUUGACCAAGUUCAGAUCUGUUCAAAGUUAAAAGCUGUGCUCCAAAAGCAGGGGCUUUGGUCAGAGAUCCAUUUUAUCUUGACAAAUCCUCGCUCCCUAAAACACUUGUGCCGCCUGAAAAUCCGGAAGUGUAUGGGACGUCUCCACUUGCGAUGCCCUGUCUUCAUGUCAUUUCUUCCCCUACCCAAUCGUCUAAAAGCAUAUGUCCUUUACAAAGAGUAUGACCUUUAUGGACAAGGAAUUGUGACAGGAUCCUGGUAA